CCUCUCCCCAGCACCGAUUUCCCAUGUGAGGUGACAACCCUACACAAGCUGGAGUUGUCACCGGCCACCUGUGACAGGGGUCCCCGCCAAGAACUUAGAAAGGCAGAGGAAACGUGAUUUUCUUCCUCUACCCCACCAGCUCCAGGGUGGGGCUUUCAACCUUCCAAAAGUUGAAAUGCCUUUCACCUGACCCAGGAUUCCUCUGAGCCAUCGAGCGUCCCUCAGAGCAGAGAGGAUCCAAUGGCUGAGCUUUUCAAGAAGUCCCACCCUGAGUGACUCCAAGGCGCACUUGCUGGUGCAGGGCAUCCGUCCAGAGCAGCUGCGCCCCCCCCCCCUGGUCUUUUGGAGAUUGACAACUCAAAAUUGUGGGCGCCGUAGACAUACACGCUCUCUGUCUGUAGGUGAAGAUGGGAGGCCGUGAAGUGCCGAGCGGUGGCCACUCAGGUGAAACAGCCAGCUCUGCUUAAGGUCCUCCGGGGAAAGUCCCACUCCACUCCAGAGCCCUUCACACCCAACUCAGCUUGAAAAAGUGACAGAAGAUGUGGAAAAACCAGUUUUGCCCCAGUUUGCAAUGCCUUUUAACAAUUCUUACUCUAACCUGAGCUUCUGCCUGCACUCUCUCUCCACCGUUCUCUCUUGGUCUGCCUCUCUCAGGAGUAAAAGGAAAUGACAAUCAUCUUCUUGCUUCACUUUUCACUGCAAAUGACCUUCUGACAACUCUUAUCUGCAUAGAAGUUCCCACACGCCCUGCUGGAUGGUUUACAAAGAAGACCAAAGUCGAAAGUUUUAGUCUAAAAAGGAGAGAGAUAAAAGUAGAUUUAUCAGACAUAAGAAUUAUGAUGCCUAGAGUCAGUUCCUCUAAAACGUGUCUUUUCCUGGACCUCACACGCCUGGCAGCAUUGGGCUGGAACCUGAGAACCGGGAAGUGAACUGUGGAUUAUUCCACCCCACUGACCUGGGUUGUAAUUUUCACUCAAGAGUAAUAUGUUGUUUUUCUUUCUUUCUUUUUUUUUCUAAAAUCAAGGCGGUGCUAAUUUCUCAGAGGGCUGCUGGGCAGCGGUGGAGAAUGCAACCUCUGGGUUGGGCAGAUGGGGACCCGGAGCCAGCAGCGCCCUGUGGUCUUGGGUGACCGCUGGCUGGCAGAGGCAGUUUCCUUAACUGUGAAAUGGAGAGGGCCAGGGUCCCUCCCGUGGCUGCGCCAGUUGCCCUGGGGCCCGUGAAGCCUCACACGGUGGGUUCCAUGCACGGUGGGUGCCUGGCGGAGUGCACAAGGUUUCAGAAGAGGAGGAGGAAGGUGGAAAGGCCACGGUGACCGAGAGCCGGUGCCUCCCAUAAACAAGGCACUACUGCAUGUGGUGAUCUCACGGUGUCCUUGGGACAGCCCAGAGGCACGGGGGCCUCUGCUUUUCCCAUUUGGGAAUGAGGCGAUCAGAUCAAGGAACUUGAUAACGUGGGCUUGCUUCUCAUGGAUGUAGUCCUCUCGAAGCUCUGCAUUCAGAAAUUGGCUUCAGAGACAGAAAAGGAAGGUGAACUUGUUUGAACAAAAGGAGUUUCUCUUCCUUGCAGCCACGCCAGCCUAUAAGCCUUCAUAAAACAGCGAAGGCGGUUCCUCUUCCCCUGGCAGAGACUGAUAGCCUCCGCACUCACCACAGUGGCUCCCGGUGAAGACGGGGUGCACACUCCCUGACCGGAGGCCUGGGCGGGGAGCCCGUCCCUGUUCACAUCCAGCCCCAGGAUAUGGAGAAAUCUCCCAUAGGGCCCCACUCACCAGCAUGAGGUCCUGCCCACGGAGACUCAGUCGACUCGGUCGCCUGGGCCAAGUGUGGCCCUUGCUUGUGGCCGCGCUGGUCUUCUUCCUCCUCACCCUGCCUUCCUUCAUUAAGGAGCCCAGCACGAAGCCUUCCAGGUAUCAGUAUAUACAGAGCACUCAACAAAGGAUUCGGGAUUUGAUACAAAAGACCAUCAUGGGAUGGGGGACGAGCACCCCUGCAAAGUCAGUGAAGGAGACCCGUGCCCCAGACACACACCCCCGGCCCACAGCCCGCAGCGCCACAGAAAGCAGGACAGAGGCCCACCGGGCACCUGGCACUGCCUCACCUACAAGCCAGGAAGAAGAGACAGCCAAGGUGGACAUACUGCCACCAAGAGGUCAGGACAAGGACAGGGCCUCGACCAGGACAGAGGCACUGGCCCUGCAAAGUGAGCACAAGAAGACAGCUGGAGGAAGAGAGGCCCAGAAGGGGAAGCUGACCUCGGCAAGGACAGGGACGCCCCAGAGCAACGUGGCAACUGGAGCCCAGAGGCUCGGUCCAGGAAUCGGGGAGAAAGAGUUGACCACCGCAGGAGCAGCACCACCGAGGACGAGACCCAGAGCCACCACGAGACCGAGAGCCACCACGAGACCCAGAGCCACCACGAGACCCAGAGCCACCACGAGACCCAGACCAAGGCCGUCGAUGAGACCGAGAGCCACCACGAGACGGAGGGUGACCACGACACCCAGGGCCAUGAGGAGACCGAGCGUGACCACAGGAUCAAGGGCGAGGACGACAGCAGCUGUCCAGGCCAAGAAGAAGCCCACCCUGGCCGCCCCGCCUGCCCCUUCCCCAAGCCCCACCGUGCCAAGAAGCCAGAGACUCAAGGCCGCCAACUUCAAGUCGGAGCCUCGGUGGGAUUUUGAGGAAAAAUACAGCCUGGACAGGGGGAGCCUGCGGACGACCUGCCCUGACUCGCUGAAGACCAGAGCUGCCAAUUCAUCGUGGCUCCAGAACCUCUUUCUGCCCAACCUCACUCUCUUCCUGGACUCCAGGCACUUCAACCAGAGCGAGUGGAACCGCCUGGAGCACUUUGCACCGCCCUUUGGCUUCAUGGAGCUCAAUCACUCCUUGGUGCAGAAGGUGGUGUCAAGGUUCCCUCCCGUGCCCCAGCAGCAGCUGCUCCUGGCCGGCCUCCCCACUGGGAGCACGCGGUGCGUCACUUGUGCCGUGGUGGGCAACGGGGGCAUCCUGAACAACUCCCACGUGGGCCAGGAGAUAGACAGCCAUGACUAUGUGUUCCGAUUGAGUGGAGCUGUCAUUAAAGGCUACGAACAGGACGUGGGGACCCGCACGUCCUUCUACGGCUUCACUGCCUUCUCCCUGACCCAGUCCCUUCUCAUACUGGGCGGUCGGGGUUUCCGGCACGUGCCUGUAGGGGAGGACGUCCGCUACCUGCACUUCCUAGAGGGCACCCGGGACUACGAGUGGCUGGAAGCCCUGCUCCUGAACCAGACCCUGCAGAGAAAGAGCCUCUUCUGGUUCAGGCACAGGCCCCAGGAAGCUUUCCGGGAAGCCUUGCAACUGGACAGAUACCUACUGCUGCAUCCAGACUUUCUCCGGUACAUGAAGAACAGGUUUCUGAGGUCGAAGACCCUGGACGGUUCCCACUGGAGAAUAUACCGCCCCACCACCGGUGCCCUCCUGCUGCUCACUGCCCUGCACCUCUGCGACAAGGUGAGUGCCUAUGGCUUCAUCACCGAGGGCCACGAGCGUUUCUCUGAUCACUACUAUGACAAAACAUGGAAACGAGUGGUCUUCUACAUAAACCAUGACUUCAAGUUAGAGAGAGCUGUCUGGAAGCGCCUACAUGACGAAGGUAUCAUCCGGCUGUACCAGCGUCCCCAAACAGCAAAGAACUGACCAGAGCCUGGGCCCCAGCAGUCUCUUCACCCACUCCAGAACCCAGGGCGGGCGGGGGUCUUGUGACUCUCCUGCCAUUUCCCCAGGGCUGGCACCAGGCUCCAAGCCCUAAGACUUCCAAGAACACCAGCACAGAGGAGAAAACUCCCUCGACACCACAGAUGAUGGGUGGAGGUUUUGGAAUCUUUCACAAGGUGGAUGCAGGGUCCAAAGGAAAUGCCCGAGGCCAAGGACUUUUUUAAUUAAAUGGAAGAGUAAGUGGUCAAUACCACCCAUUGCUGAAAAACACUCGUCACUGUCCAGGAGUGCUGGGCACAGAAGAAGGAGCUGGAACUCACAGAGAUGCAUAGAUCUGGUGUUUAUUGCAGAUCUUCUACUUAGCAACUGUAAAAUGUUUAAUUUAACCAGAGGUUGUCUGGAGGCCCUUUCCAGGGGUUAUCUGAUUAUUGAAGGGUCUGUACUUUUCCUGUCUCUGAGCCACUUGACAACUUUGUGUUGUAGGAAACUGACAGUGACAUAAAUGAUUCAUCUCCAUGGAGAUGCAAGUAAACUUUGCACAGUGAGGGUGCACUUGUUACCUCGUGGACACUCACCAGAUGGGUACCUACUGACAACUUCGUUUUCACAUUUCUGAGUGCCCAAAUGUGUAUCUGAUCCUUGGAUUCACCUUUGAACCAGUUUUUACAUCUUACUGGCUCCUUCGUUAAUCAAUGAGUAAAUGAAAUCUUUGACAUGUUUAUUUUCCAUUUGAGUGAGAAUUAUGAUCUCAACCUUUAAAAAUUCACCCUUUAACUUUUCCAUCUAAAGUUCAUUAGAUUAAAACUUCAUGCUAAAGAA